UCGCUCCUGGACCCCAUGGGGGCUUCUGACCCGGAAGUUGUGCUUUGGACUUGCUGCGGCGCUGGGGGGAUGGUGGGAGCGGGCUUGGGAACUGCAGGAGACGAACCUGCUGCCCCGCCAGGGGCUAGGGGUUGGGGGUCGCAGCCCCCACGGCCGCCCCAGCCCCCGUCCCGGGGCGUGGAGGCCGCGGCCGCGGCUGCCCUGGGGACCGGGGAUAGUUCUGUGACUACCGAGGCCCUGUUCCUGGCGUUGGGAGCCGGCGUGACUGCGCUGAGCCACCCGCUCUUCUACGUGAAGCUGCUCAUCCAGGUUGGGCAUGAACCACUGCCUCCCACUGUAGGGACCAAUGUGCUGGGGAGGAAGGUCUUCUACUUGCCCAAUUUCUUCACCUAUGCCAGACACAUUGUGCAAGUGGAUGGAAAGAGGGGACUGUUCCGAGGCCUGAGUCCAAGGCUUAUGUCUAGUGCUCUCUCCACUCUGUCCCGGGGCAGCGUGAAAAAGGCCUUCCCUUUGGAGGAGAUAGAACAUGUGUCCAACAAGGAUGAUAUGAAGACAUCACUGAGGAAAGUAGUGAAAGAGACUUCCCAUGAAAUGGUGAUGCAGUGUGUGUCCAGGGUGCUCUCUCAUCCCCUACAUGUCAUCUCGAUGCGCUGUAUGGUCCAGUUCGUGGGGCGGGAGGUCAAAUACAGUGGUGUAUUGAGCUCCAUUGGGAAGAUUUUCAAAGAAGAAGGACUGCUGGGCUUCUUUGUAGGCUUGAUCCCUCACCUCCUGGGAGAUGUGGUCUUCUUAUGGGGCUGUAACCUUUUGGCUCACUUCAUUAAUGUCUACCUGGUGGAUGACAGUUUCAGCCAAGCACUGGCAGUUCGGAGUUACACCAAGUUUGUAAUGGGGAUUGCAGUCAGCAUGCUGACCUACCCUUUCCUCUUGGUUGGUGACCUCAUGGCUGUGAACAACUGUGGGUUGCUGGCAGGCCUUCCUCCCUAUUCCCCUGUGUUCAAGUCCUGGAUUCACUGUUGGAGAUAUCUGAGCAUGCAGGGUCAGCUUUUCCGGGGAUCCAGUCUGCUUUUCCGACGAAUCUCAACAGCAUCGAGCUUCUCCAUUGAUUAAAUCAGAAUAAUUUGACUACAAUAAUAAGCACGCCAUCUCCGCCCAGCCCUAAGUGAGGGCCUAAUCAUUGGCUUACCUUGUAAGAUAAUUAUGUAACACAGGGGGGUCGGGAUGUUUGCCUUUCUGGUGGUUAUUAGUUAUCCCUCAGUUGUGUAGACAAGAGGGGGUGUCAGGGAAGGGAGAAUGGGCUUUUGGUUCAUUCUAAAAAAGGCCUUACUUCUGUCCUGAUUCUGAAUUAAGAAGAGCUAAGACUGCUUGGCAGAGUGGGACAAGAGCCAUUGGGAGUGGUUUCUGGGAAACAACCCAGAGGCAUUGCAAAAGAAGUAAAAAGUAUUAUUAGGAAGGGCACAGAGGCUCACUCCAUCACACCAGAGCCACGGUGGCAGCCGAGUCCCCCUGUUGGCCAAAAAUCAGGCAGAGAAUAGAUGAGCAAAACUCUACUCUGCUUGGUUUUGCAAACAUCAUAAAUAAUAAUAAUGAUAGCAAUAGUUUGCAUUUAUAUAGCCUUUAAAAAUUUAUGGGACAUUUUCCCAUUUUAAAAGUCUUCUAUCACUUAGCUCUGUUGAUUAAUAAAGCUUGUGUCAUGGGUUCUGGUUACCAGAACACUUUACAUAUGUUAUUUUGUUUGACUCAAUAGCCCUAAGGUGGGCAGUUUUUUAUUCUGAUUUUCAUAGUCAAGAAACUGAGGCUCAGCAAAGUUGUCUUGUCUAAGAUCACAUGCUAGAAAGUGACAGAUCUGAGACUUGAACCCAAAAGUUCUCUUGGGUGAGGGCUCUUUCCAUUCUAUGUUCAGGCUUUCCUAAUGUGGUCACAGUAAAUGUUUUUGAAAAAGAAA